ACAAAGCCUAAAAAAAACCACAGCUGAUGGGCUGUUGUGCUAAAAGUUGAAACUAUUCGAGAAAAAAACAUUUCAACAAUAUUUUUACAGUGAAAUUCGUCAGAAUAUAUCCCGGACAAAAAUGCUUAACUUUGACUCAGAUAGUGAAGAUGAGCUACCAGCGGGCUGGGAGGAGAAGUCUACCGAAGACGGAAAUGUGUAUUUUGUGAAUACCUGUGAUGAUAGUAAAAUACAAUGGACCCAUCCAAGAACUGGUUGCAAGAAAGUAAUCCCUAAGGAUUUACCGUUUGGGUGGGCGAAAGAGGAUGACGAGACGGGAAAAACCGUCUAUAUCCAUAAAGACACAGGCACUAAGACGUAUGUCGACCCAAGACUGGCAUUUGCUAAAGAACUGAAAAAGCAUGUGAAUGAUUUUCGGCAGCAUUAUGAUUCAUCUUCUACAGCUUUCCAGGUUCUCCAUGGUGUUGAUUUAUCUGGAAAAUAUGCCCUAAUCACAGGAUCAAACGCAGGAAUUGGGUAUGAAACAGCUAAAUCCAUGGCAAGGCACGGCUGCCACAUAUUGUUUGCCAAUCGGAACCUUGAAGCUACCAAGCAAGCCAUCGAAGAUAUUGUCAAAGAAACCAACGCUUCCGAAGAUAACUUAAAAAUGGUGCAUCUAGAUUUGGCAUCAUUGCAAAGUGUGAAGAAGUGUGCUUUGGCUGUGAAAACUAUGUUCUCUGAUCAUUUGGAUAUGCUGAUACUGAAUGCAGGUGUUUUCGGGCUGCCAUAUACGGAGACUGAAGACAACUACGAGACAACAUUCCAGGUCAACCACCUAGGGCAUAUGUACCUCGCUUUGUUGUUAGAGCCAUUGCUGAAGAAAGACUCACGAGUGGUCUUUGUAUCAUCUGAAUCGCACAGGUUUGCCAGUUUAAAAAACGCGUUCACACAGCAAAGCUUGUCAAUGAGCAGGGAGCAAUACACUUCGAUGAUGGCGUAUAAUAAUUCUAAGCUAUUCAAUGUAAUCACAGCUAAAGUCUUGAGUCAAGAAUGGAAAAGUAAAGGAAUACGUGUGAAUUCCUUACACCCAGGCAACAUGGUUUUCACCAAUCUCAGCAAGUCGUGGUGGCUGUUUCGACUCGCAUUCGCCUUGGUUCGUCCGUUUACUAAAUCUUUGCAACAAGCGGCAGCGACGACGGUCUACGUAGCGACCGACACAGACUUAGAUGGCGUUACCGGUCUUUACUUCAACAACUGCUUCUACUGCCAAGAGUCGGAGCUCGCGCGCGACAAGGACAUUGCUAACGAAGUAUUCGCCAUCUCGCUCAGGAUGAUAACGCAGAGGGUCGGCGCGGAACAUAUUCAGAAGUAUGUGGAUAAGUACGUUAAACAGAAAUGACGCACAGUAGGUAUAAGAAGCAGAAGGUAUAUACGGUUACGACGUAAGCAAUAGAAGGACGUUGGCGAAUAAGGUGAUAUUAAACAUAUGAUUAUUGGGAGAUGUGCAUUUAUAAUUUAUACUUACUUAAUAUCAAUCUGUAGGUAUGUAGGUAGUUUAAUAAUAACGGCUCACCAUAGGAACCGCGGUAUAUUUGUAAUGUGAUUAACUUCCCGACUAAACUAUCGGCCGACAAAAAAUCGGCGGUGUGCGCCUAGGCUUAGUGUUUUUUGUCAUUAAAUUACAAUGUAUUGUAUAUAGUCUAUAUUAUAUUUAUAUUUGUAUAUUGCAUAGUAUUAACAUUUAAUUUAAUAAACAAUAUUUUAAACGUGA